CGUAGGAGGGCGUGAAAGUUGAUGACGGUGCUAGCAGUAGCAACUUAUUGUGUGUGGCGUUCAUCUCAGGAAGGUCUGCGGGAAGAUAUCAGACAAACCUUAACAGAAGUGUCACUAUAUCGUGUUUAAUUUGACUUUCGCGCGACCCUUCAGUGAUGAACAGGAUUCGGAUCCACGUGUUGCCGUCUAGUAGGGGUAGAGUGACCCAGACUGCUCGUGCCCAGGAGCCUCAGACCUGCUCCCACACUCAGAGACCCUGUUCACAGCCUCGUCUGGAGGGUCUAGAGUUCUGCAUCAAACACGUACUCGAGGAUAAGAAUGCUCCUUACAGGCAAUGCAGCUAUGUUUCCAAUAAGAAUGGCAAGCGCUGCCCCAAUGCAGCCCCGAAACCAGAGAAGAAAGAAGGGGUUACAUUCUGUGCUGAGCACGCACGCAGAAAUGCUUUGGUUCAACAAGCUCAAAUGCGGAAAGCCUCCUCGGGACCUUCCCCUGAAGUUCUGCUGUCUCAGCUCAGUGGCUACAGUCGGCCAGAGUCUGGAGUUUACAGUCAAGAGGGGCGUAGUGAAGCUAGUCGCAUACUAGAAGAUAGUCAUACGCAUCUGGGAUGGCAUGAGGAUGACAGCUGGAGUGAAGAGGACCAGGACCCAAUUGUUUUGGAUCAAACAUGGAGAGGAGAACCUGACAGUGAAGCUGAAAGCCUUGACAGUGACCACGAAGACCCUUUGAAGCAUGCGGGUGUGUAUACAGCAGAGGAAGUGGCACUCAUUACCCGCGAGAAGCUAAUCAGACUUCAAUCCCUCUACAUUGACCAAUUUAAACGUAUGCAACAAUUAUUGAAAGAAAAGAAACGACGCUACCUACACAGCCGCAAAAUUGAGCAUGAGACAAUUGGAAGCAGCCUGCUAACAGGUCCAGAAGGUCUGUCCAUGAAGGAGCGAGAGAACCUAAAGAAACUGAAGGCCCUGCGUCGCUAUCGUCGCCGCUAUGGCGUGGAGGCAUUGCUCCAUCGUCAGCUCAGAGAGCGUAGACAAGCUAUUACUGAGGGUGGAACACCACAGGCAAUGCGUUUUGGCCAAAGGUGCAUUUCCUUUGUGGAGGGGACACGCUGCUCAAAUCAAUGUCUGCCAAUGACUCGUCAUUGUGUCUCUCACAUUUAUCAAGACAGUAGCCAAGUUUUAUUCAAGAUGUGCCCAGGCCUGAAGGAUGUUCCUUGUGAUCGGCCCGUGCACAUGGGACAGUCAGAGGAGCCCCGUUGCCCUCUGCACCUGUCCCUACCUCCACCCAUGUACCAGCCUGAACAGGAGUCUCUUGCCCCGGAGGAGCUGGCUUCUGCACCCACAGACAUGUACCUCAGUGCUGCAGAGCUCCAGCCAACAGAAAACCUACCUCUGGAAUUCAGUGAUGAUCUUGACAUUGAAGAUGAGGGCUUGCAGUGUCCGCCGUCUCCCUUGCUAUUUGACACAGCGCUUGCUUUAGAGGACCAAACCAUCAGAGAGAUUGCAGAGGCCCCCAUGGACAUACUGACAGGGGCAGAGCAGGACGAUCUUGAUGCCUCUCCCCAAGAUGCAGAGCUGUCUGAUAGAGAUGAGGUGUCUGUGGAUGAUCAGGUUGAAUCUGAAAUACUUGAAGCAGUUGGACAAGCAGUCGCCUCACAGAAUUCAUCACAGGACUCUGACAUGAAAACAACAGAUGCCUUAUUCUGAGCACAUUGUGACCUGAUUUUCUCAGCUGCUGUACUGUUCAUAUUUCAAACAGUUUGAAUAACUUUGCCUAAAAGCCAUUUUUCCAGAAGCAUGUUUUCAUUUCUAAAAACAUUGAAACAAAACCUUCUCAUUUCAAAAAAUAUCACUAGGCAUACAGGCUUCAUAGUAAAUCACUAGAUAACUAAAUGUUCUGAUGUAGUGAUUGGACCCCAAGUUUUUUCUCUUGUGAAAUUAAAAGGUAUUUGAAGUGCAGGUGAGGAUGAGAAAAGUGUUUCACUACAGUUUCACCAAGCUGCAGAAAGUCUCAGCACCAUCACCAUUUUUUCCAGUAAUUUUUUAGUUCCAUAUAUGCAAUGCAUUACCUAUGCUUGGAUUUGUUCACUAAAUAAAUCUUUACAUCGUG